CGCACCGGCAACACCAUCGCUAACCACCACCGCACUUCACUCUCAACAUAUCUCCUCUGCCUGCCUCUCCCCGUACGUGCUAGUUCUUGAGUUGGUAAUUGAUCGGUAGGCGCUCCAAAGCUAGCUAGCAAUGGCCGCACGGGGAAGAGGCAAUGCCAACGUGGCCGUGCUCCUCGGCGUGCUUCUUCUCUGCACGCUCGUGGCGGAGGCGGCGGUGUUCAACGUCGGGGACCGCGGCGGCUGGUCCUUCAACACCAACUCCUGGCCCGCCGGCAAGCGCUUCAAGGCCGGUGACGUCCUAGUGUUCAAGUACGACGCGACGGCGCACGACGUGGUGGCGGUGAGUGCGGCGGGGUACAAGGCCUGCGCCAAGCCGGCCAAGGGCGCCAAGGUCUACAAGUCCGGCGCCGACCGUGUCACCCUCGCCCGCGGCACAAACUACUUCAUCUGCAGCAUUCCCGGACACUGCCAGUCCGGCAUGAAGAUCGCCGUCACCGCCGCCUAGCCUCAUCCAACGUACGCGCGAUGCUACGUGACACAACGAGCGAAAAUUAAUUCCUAAUAACCAAAAUAAAAGGCCGUACGUGCUUCGUUCUUUCAAGUCCUAGAUCAAUGUGCACUUGUAUGGUGUCACGUGUGCUGAUUUUGUACUCAUGUAUACGAGAAUAAAGGGCAUCGAACAAUUACUCUUCUGCUUUU